AAAUGCUAGAUAUCACAUUUUAUUGAACAUUGGAAAGGAAUGGUUGUCUUCAUCCUUCCAUCAAUUUCUUAAAGCGCGCGUGUGAGGUUGAAGGUCAGCCGAAAACAGGUGUAGAUGGAGAAUGCGGUUCCUGAAUUCGUUCGUCGUUUGUACAAAGAGUGGCGUGAUUUUACAGCUGAACCAGUCGAAGGUAUCCAGUUGAUGCUCAAUGAGCAAGAUAUGACGGAAGUUCAAGUCGUACUUGACGGUCCUGUUGGUACCCCUUAUGAUGGUGGCAAAUUCCGUCUGAAGAUGUUGAUCCCUAUGCAGUAUCCGAUGGAACCGCCGAAGGCUUACUUUUGCACGAAGAUAUUCCACCCAAACAUAGCACCAAACACCGGAGAGGUUUGCGUAAACACACUGAAGAAGGAUUGGAAAUCCAAUUUAGGACUACGACAUAUCCUUCUAACUAUAAGGUGUUUGUUGAUAGAACCCAAUCCAGAGUCAGCUCUUAAUGAGGAGGCUGGAAAAUUGCUAUUAGAAGAUUACAGUGAGUUUGUGGCAGAAGCUCGGCUCCUCACAGAAGUACAUGCUUACUGGCACGUUCGGGAACAAGCGAAAGUCAGUAGUCAGAAGUUGCAUCAAGACGACCAUGCAAGUUUCGAUAUGUCAGGCAAUUCGACUGAUGCGCGUACACAUUCUAAAGUGACACAACGCAACAACUCAUCAUUUCGUAAAGCGCUCAAACGGUUGUAGUACCCAAGAGCGCAAUGCUCCCUGAAUGAAGACUUGUAAUGAAUAAUCUAUACCUUGUGCAUUUAUGUAAAUUAUAUGAUAAUUGUACUUUAGCUUACUUUUAAUUCCUACCACUGAAUAUUUUGGUCGAUAACACAAAAACAGUAGCUGAAUUUAUUACCACGUGAAUCAACCUAUUAGUGACAAUAUGAUCUAAUUACAUCAAGCUACAUUUUCCGAACCCUAAUCAAAGAUCUAAAUUAUUAGACGUGCAUAACACCUAUAAAAUGCGGGAUGAUUAGUACGAGCAAACUCGUGUUUUAGAAACAGUUGACUUAUUUCCUCACCAGUUGUAGAGAAAGAGGUCUGUUAACCCAGAUGACCUACAACAUUCAUUGUAGUGAGGAUGUUCAGAUGCGUAUCGGGCUGUGAUGUUUAAAAUCCAGAACUGUUCUGUUUUACGACUGAAAUUAAACAACUGAAGAUAAAGAACAUAUAGUUAUAUGCAUUUGACUAUCAGUGUUGUUGAUGGGACCAUGAAGUACACAAUGCUAACGAGAAACGUUGGGAAUUAUGGUGUUAAUUUGCACUGACUAAAGUGAUCAGGAGAUAUUUUGCAUCUUGAGAUGUAUAUCACAAUUUAUAUGGAGCAGAUCUACAACGGUAGAAACCUGAAAAUAGUCAAACUGACAAGUUGGACAACUACGUGUGAUAGCGACCUGCAUAGAGUAUUGCGUAAUCUGUGGUCAUCGUUACGAAACUCAGUAGUUUGACAACCUAAUAUUGCAUCGAUUUACAUGAUGUGAGCGUAGACUAUUAUCGUAAAUCCUAGUCAUCUUAUGAUUGUGUUUAAUUACCCUGUUAACAUUUUUCUCUAUCUUAUCAAGCUUUGUAACCUGAAUCAGUGCAUUAUACUGCUAUAGGUUUUAAAAAGAUCUUUUUUUGUCUAUAAAAAUAAGCUAUGAAGUUCUAAAUAACUUGGAAACUAAUUAAUUGGUCAAUAAAGAGAUAACAAAGUAAUGCUUAGGUACGAUGAGUUGGACGUCAACGUAUGUCAGUGGAAACGGAAAAACCAGUAGCCAUUUGAAAUUUUAUUUUAUUACAGUCCAUGAUUUUUUUCAGCCGAACACCCUGAUAAUCUGUAAAAUCCAUGCAGAAACAACAAU